UCAGCCACUAAGUAUUUGCAGUAGUCCACAUUUAAGCGUUGCUUCGUACGGUCGAAGUUAGGAAAGGACGGAAAAAUUACUUUACUGCAGCUAAAUAAAAACGGAAGUUAGAAAAAAGUAAUAAUAGUAAAUAAAUAGAAUGUCACCCAAACUAAUUUGCCUACUAUUACUGCUUACACUCUGCGCCGCGGUGUUCAUGGUGGAAGCGCGAGGCGGGCGUGGUCGUGGCGGUUCGUUAGGUUCCGCUUUCUAUAGGCGCUCACAUAAGAAACACAGUUCUUCCGGCGGAAGUGGCUCCAGACGUAAGGUUGUCAGCGGCUCACCCGUCCACACUACCUACACUAAAUCCCUUAUGACCGGUCAAGGAGUAGAUGAAAAGUUCGUCCGACAUCGCUCGCGCACACGUCUGAAGUCUCAUAAGAGUCACACCAAUCAUGGUAGUACGAGUGGUCACAAGAGCCACACGCAUGUAGAAACGCCGCACAACAGUCACAAUAGUCACACAAUUUCGGGGAAAAAAGCACAACAUGACACACAUAGUGCUUGGAACCCUUUCGGGGGCAGUGUGGCGCAUCACAACACACCGCUAGGAAAUUCUCACAUCUCACAAAACUGGGGUGGACAUCAAUUGCCUGCUGGACAUGUCCAUGUCACACAGCCCUCAAGUAUGCCGGUGAAUGCGGUCUACUAUGCCCAACCACCAAGACAGAGCAGCAGUGAUGAUAACUCUUUAGACUUCGCUUUAGGUUAUCUUGUGGGUCGCAGCCUCACGCGUACACAUUAUCACCAUCAUCACAACUAUCAACAAGAAGCACAGCAACAGCAAGCAAUGAACAAUGAUCAACCCUUAAGCACAACAACUGCAACCCCAACCUCCUCAGAUCAGUCAAAAAGCUCAGACCAAACACAUUAUUGGCCCACUGACACUGAAGUAUCGCUGGCACCACUCAAUAAUACACUCAUACCAAAUGGUGUGACGGAAAAAUCAGCAGAGGUCAUUUUCAAAAAUCCACCAGUUCUCAGCGCUCAGUCACUCACCAGAGAUAACUUAACUUUCGAACUGCCCGGAGUUACAGCGCCACCACCGGUGACACCACCCACGGGUGGCAUCAUAUGUAUGCCCUGGACUUUCAACGAAACUGAUCCAGCGAAUCCCGAGAAUGUUAUUGUUGUGCAAAAAACAAUUUGUUUCCCAGCACCGCCGCCACCGCCGCCACCACCAUCAACACCAUUGGCACCAAUCGCUGGUGAUAUUCAGAUGGAUGCGUCAAUGGCGACGACUACGACAACGACAGCAAGUAUCUCAACAACAAGAACAGCUGCCUCCAACUAAAUUGCUUUAGUUACGGAAGAUUUGGUAGAUUUGGUUGUAUUAAUUUGGAAAUCAUUUCAACUAUUAAUUUCCAAUAUAUAUGUACAUGUAUUUAUUAUACAAAAAAAAUAAUAUAACUAA